CUGUCUGUCCGGCUGUCUGGCUGGCUGCCUGGCUGGAGUGCCUGUUACGUGGCUCACAGUCAGAAGUGUAACAGGGAGACAGUCUCUCUCGGCAGCUUGUUUUGCCUGUUUAUUUGCUGGAGUGUGUUUGGGGUUCCUGGGCUGUUGUCCUGACCGCUGCUUCCGGCUGCCCUGAUGCCUUUGAUGUCUAACCUCCACGAGCCGAGUAGCAAACUGCGCGGUUAGACAACAACAACAACUUACAUCUAUUAGUUCAGACACUUGGUCACAAAUUUUACAGAGCGUCGAGGGCUGGUUUUAACAUGCAACAGUUCCCAGGUCGCUCGGGAUUUCCCAGCAUGUUUGGAAAGAAGAAGAAGCGUCUCGAGAUCUCGGCACCUUCCAACUUUGAGCAUCGCGUCCACACGGGAUUUGACCAUCACGAGCAGCGCUUCACAGGUCUGCCCAAGCAAUGGCAGAGCUUGCUGGCGGACACAGCCAAUAGGCCCAAGCCCGUGGUGGACCCCUCCUGCAUCACCCCCAUACAGCUCGCUCCGAUGAAGACCAUAGUGAGGGGAGCCCGUGUAUGGAAGGACACCUCGCUGAACGGUUUGCUGGAGGAGUUCAACGACAUCUCGGUGACCAGGUCAAACUCUCUGCGUCGAGAGAGCCCGCCUGCCCCGCCCCAGCCCAGCCCGGCCGACGGACUCUUCAGCCCCGAGAUCAACGGUUACGGCCAGCAUUACCUCCGAUACUCCUGCGACGCUGAACCCCCCAGAGAUUUCUCCUGCGAGAGCCGAGAGAAGGGGUUGCGGGCGGGGGAGUGGGACAGGUAUCACACGCACGGCAAAGGCGCUCAGCUGAACGGCCAAGAUUCGGGUCGCUAUCACCCGCUGGAUGCCUACUGCUUGGAGGGGGCUGCCCCCCGCUUCCCCCCGGAUUACUUCACCCGCAUGGUGGCCAACAUCCGCUCGGCCGAUUACAGCGGCUCCGCCAACUGGGACUUCCCCCGAACCCAGACCUCGCCCCCGGACCCCCACAGACCCCCGCCUAGCCCCCGCUCCAGAGUCUCCGCCGGCCACAGGGAGCCCACCAGGGAGAGAGAGCGGGGGGACUGGGGCCAGGAGCCCGAGAGGCGUCCCAAGUCCUCCUACGUGGUGCCCACCAGCCCCCAGCCCACCAUGAGGCAGAGGUCAAAGUCCGGCUCCGGCCUGCAGGAGCCCAGCCUGCCUCACCCCACAGAAGCCUUCACCUCCACCCUCCCCACCGGCCAUUCCUACAGCUCCUACACCUACCCCAGGCUGUCUGAGUCAGCCACCAUAGCCUGCAACCCCAAGGUGGAUUAUGAAAGACAAAUAAGGGGUGUGAGUCCCCGUCUGACUGGGUCAGACACCUACCCUCGAGGUCCAUCAAAGGUCCCUCAGUAUCAGACAAACUCCACCCACUCAGUCACAAGCCAACAGUUCCCUUCCUCGUAUUCCAAAGUGCCCCAGCACCACACGGCAGCACCUCAGCCCAACUCCCAAUACGCUACCCAGGCUGCUUACCAAUAUCCCAGCUGGAGUUCCUCCACACAGCAGCAGCCCCCCACCAGGGUGUCCCACGAGCAGUUCCGAGCCGCCCUACAACUGGUGGUGAACGCCGGAGACCCCCGUGAAUACCUGGACAACUUCAUCAAGAUCGGGGAGGGCUCCACCGGCAUCGUGUGCAUCGCCACCGAGAAGCCCACCGGCAAGCAAGUGGCUGUCAAGAAAAUGAACCUCAGAAAGCAACAGAGAAGAGAGCUGCUCUUCAAUGAGGUUGUGAUUAUGCGCGACUAUCACCAUGACAAUGUGGUUGACAUGUACAAUAGUUACUUGGUAGGGGACGAGCUGUGGGUGGUGAUGGAGUUCCUGGAAGGCGGAGCUCUGACAGACAUCGUCACACAUACAAGAAUGAAUGAGGAACAAAUAGCCACAGUUUGCCUGUCGGUGUUGAAGGCCUUGUCAUACCUGCAUUCACAGGGGGUGAUCCACAGGGAUAUAAAGAGCGACUCGAUCCUCCUGACCAGUGAUGGCAGGAUAAAAUUGUCGGAUUUUGGAUUUUGCGCUCAAGUGUCAAAGGAGGUUCCCAGGAGGAAGUCACUGGUGGGAACACCGUACUGGAUGGCUCCAGAGGUUAUAUCCAGGUUACCGUAUGGGACCGAGGUGGAUGUCUGGUCUCUGGGGGUGAUGGUGAUAGAGAUGGUUGAUGGAGAACCUCCUUACUUCAAUGAGCCUCCGCUUCAGGCCAUGAGGAGAAUCCGUGACAAUCUGCCUCCGAGGCUAAAGGACAUACACAAGGUGUCUGCCGUUCUGCGGAGUUUCCUGGACCUGAUGUUGGUGCGGGAUCCUGUGCAGCGAGCCUCGGCCAAGCAGCUGCUCUCUCACCCCUUCCUCAAGUUGGCUGGGACCCCCUUCUGUAUUGUGCCACUCAUGAGACAGUACAGGCAACGCUGAGCCCCC